CCCUAAAAAUAGCAGCAGCAUACAAUUCCCCGCACCAUCACAAACAGAUGAUGAAGCUGCUGCUCUCCCAGCAUCUCCCCAGUCACCAGAUGGACCUAUGAGGGAGCCAGCACAAGCAAUUAACUGUGGCUGUUACCUCUGAGCUCUCAAGCCAACCUCCACUUGCACUAGCUUAUUAGAUCCCCAGCAAUUCUGACAGCACCAAACAAAGAUCAGCUGCGCCAACACCAUCGUCAAAGCUAGCUAGCUGAACCAUGGAUCAUCACCUGAAGGCGAACCCAGACAGCCCUCUGUCGGGAGGAGGAGGGAGCAACAGCAGCGGCGUCGGCGGCUCCAGCAGCAGCAGCAUCACCUCGUCGCCCUCCUCCGUGGGCAACACCCCGCAGUCGCCGAGCCGGUACGAGGCGCAGAAGCGGCGCGACUGGAACACGUUCGGGCAGUACCUCCGGAACCACCGGCCCCCGCUGAGCCUGGCCCAGUGCAGCGGCGCCCACGUCCUGGAGUUCCUGCGGUACCUGGACCAGUUCGGCAAGACCAAGGUGCACGCCUCGGCCUGCCCCUUCUUCGGCCACCCGACCCCGCCGGCGCCCUGCCCGUGCCCGCUCCGCCAGGCCUGGGGCAGCCUCGACGCGCUCGUGGGCCGCCUCCGGGCCGCCUACGAGGAGAACGGGGGCAGCCCGGAGUCCAACCCAUUCGCGGCCCGCGCCGUCAGGCUCUACCUCCGCGAGGUCCGCGAGCACCAGGCCCGCGCCCGCGGCGUCAGCUACGAGAAGAAGAAGCGCAAGAAGCCGCAGCCGCAGCUGCUUCUGCAGCACCCGGGCGACAGCAGCGGCGGCGGCUUCCGUCAGCCCCCUCCCGGCCCGCCUCCGGCCACCGGCUGCUGAAAUGCAUGCGCCGACGACCAGAUCGACCAGCCGGCUAGCCUGCACGUCGGUCGAUCUCCUGCACCAUUUGGCCGGUAUGCCAUAUAUGCCAGCCAGAUAUAUUUUAUGUACGUUAAGUUCGCGUAUGCAUGCAUGCAUGCGCAUGGUUAUCGGUCUUGCACUUCUGAUUAUUUGUUGCGUGUGUACUCAGCCCGUAGCACAACUGUAGUAGUCGUACUACAUUGCUUGUGUUUCGAUGAAUCUCUGUUGGCUUUAGCUUUGGUUACGUUUGUAGUGGUCGAGUUCAUUUGCUUGUCGUAGUCAGUGAAUUAAUUAAAUGACUGUUGUACUGUCGAUCUGAAGUCUGAACUGAGGUGUCUAGCUUGAAGGGGGCAUGGGAGAUGCACACAUAUAUGUAUGGCCUGAGAUCUCUCUCCUGCUAGCAGCUGUACUACGUGUGUGUGGUCGUUCGUGCAAGAUGUAAAAGUCUGUGCAGUGUUCCGACGUCGUCCUUGUUCUGCGCAUCAUGUGUCAA